AACCAUGAAGACAACUCUGACUUUGACAUGCGCAGUUUUGCUCUUCAGUAUCUGCCAGGGAGGUGUUCGUCGCGAAGCUGCUGCUGGAUUUGAAUCGUGUGAAAAGAAAAUCAUGCUAGAAGUUGAGAAGGGAUGGGUGGCUCAAUUUAAAAGUCAAGCCAUGAAUGAUUUCUGUGGAAUGAAACAGGCCGAAGUUAAUGGUGGGAGCGAUGCCCUCGCCUCUUGCGGUAAUGAUAUUUCUGCAGACUUGAUACAGAACGAGCUGAUACACUGGGGAAUUGUAUUGAAAGAAAAGGAACAGGAAUGUCCCGGUCUGAAUGUGGAUGAGAAAAUCUUUAAAUAUCUGACACCAAAUAGUGUUAAUAAGGUGAAUGAAAUGAUGCAGGCGAUGGAUGCUCUCUCUCCAGCUGAACGUACUUGCAGCAGGGAAGCUGAGAAAAAACUAGAGAUUGCAGCAAAUAGUCGUGUAGCUGAGAUCCUCGCUGAUAGUAACUCAGAAGUCACGGAUAUAUGUGAUGAAUUUAUCAACCAGUGGGAAAUCAACACGAUCCCAGAACUAGAAAAAGCCUGCAACGCACCUUCAGCGGCUAUGCGUACGAUUGCGCUAGAAUUGCCGAAAACUAUCAAGGCCAUAUUUAGUCCAUUGAAGGGCACCACCGCAUGUGACGCAAAUGCCACAAGGGCAAAGAUACAAUAAUUGCAAGCGAACUGGACACAGUCGAUUAAUACUGUAUGAAUAGCGAAAUAAAAGCAAAUAAUAAAAAUAAA